GGCCCGGUACUUAUACGUGAAGUUGCGGACAAGGGGCCUGGGGGCAUUGCGUCUCCACGCGAAUAAGCACGUGCAUUGUUGCCAGACUUUCUGGAAAGCAGAUUUUGGGAGCGAGUCCGUGGAGCAAAAGGCUGCAGGUGAAGCGGCGCUGGUGGGUUACAACGUUCCUGACGAAGAUGGGAAUGAGGCGCAGACUGAGCAGGCGUCAGACGAGGAGGCUGUGCUUCAGGGGGACGUGCACAAGUUGAGCGCAAAUCAGAGGCGCGCCUUAUUAUGCCUCGGGGAGGCUCGUCAGCAUUCACGGUUCAAGCUGAAGCAAAUCUCCUUGAGUUUCAGUGGCGCGUCCGUCUUCUUCUUCUCGCCCAGCCGCAAGGGUGAGUUUACUUCUGGGAAGCGCCAGACUGAUGUGGUGCCCAUCGUCAACGAGGCCCUGACCCGACGCAUGCUUGCCUUCACGAUGUCUACGCGUUCCGUCAGGAAGGAGAAUCUAGCCAAGAUGUACAAGAUUGUCCGCUUUGUCGGCCACGGCAUCCUCAAUCGAGCUGUGGAGGGUGCGAAACGUAGCAAACACAAUGCUGCAUUGGGCUUCGGAUUUCUGACGCCACCCGACAUCGAUGACCUAGAUCCCGAAGGCAAGUUCGUCAGUGAGUUGUGCGGCAAACGUUCUACCAUCAAGCGCUUCUUCCAAGAAUUCAUUGAGCAGGAGCAGCGAUUCAAUAAAAAGUUUGACCGGCAAAUAGUUUGUGGCUUGGCGCACAACGAUUUGCACGGCGGGAAUCUACUGCUCGACUCACAAGGGCUAGUCUGGCUGAUAGAUUUCGCGACCGUGAAGGACAAUGUCCACGUGCUCAUGGACCUCUCAAAAUUCCUUGCGUCUUGCCUCUUCUUGUAUCUGGAGGAUAAUGUGAACGAGUCGCACAUCCAAACGUUUGCGAAGCUGCUGUUCGCUACACCCGAUGCCACAACAGCGCUGCCUUUAAUCGGAGGGGAGCAGCUCAAGAGCGAUCCGACGGCUACGUUUGUGCUUGAGCUGCUGACACGCAUCAGGCACUGUCUCUGCAUCUACGAGAUUGGUGACGACGUCCCAGACAACGACGGCGUUCCAUUCGCUUUAGCUUUCUUCUCGUGGUCGGCGCGAAUGCUAUCAUACAGUGAGCCGAGCAUGCACCAGAAGACCCGUGCUUCUUUCUUUGCCCUUGCAGGCGCUCAGCGAGUGAUGUGGGAAGCUGGCGUUGACGUCGGACCCACAGCGCUGGAAUGGAUUGAACAGUACCGCACAGUCUGGGAGGGCCAGAAAGGCCGCCGGCUGAGUACCAGUGCGACACACGUGCAGGUUGCUUCUUUCGAGUUUGAAUCUGACUUUCCUAGGUAUUUGGCGCAGAUUGGGACAGCGGAGGCGUGGUCCACUGACUUCCUCACCCGCGAGAAAGUACACGUGACUGACCAUUGUAUCAAAGUGGACGUGAAGUUCAGUGGGCGCAUUUUCCCGCGUAGCCUACAGCUGCCGAAGAGCGUGAAGAUUGUCUGCGAGAAGUUGCGCAUGGUCCACCAGCAGUAUCUACCAGAAGUGCUGAGUCAAGAAAGAUAUCAGGGUCGGGUAUUCGUGAUUGGCGAUUCCGGGAGCGGGAAGACUCUCAUGACGAAGCAGCUUUUCUCGGAAGUGGCACAGCAACAGCUGCUCGGCAUCCGCGAUGAGCCAGGAGACAUGGCGGGUACCACGAGAAUCAGCGGCAUGAACCUCAUCCCCGUCCGGACUCCACUUAUCGACUUGGCUAGGCAGCUUGAGGCUAACCCGGACCUGCCUCUGGGGGCCGACCCGAUCUGCGACUUGCUAUCCGAGUGGAUGCAAAGAAAGCAUGGCCACGAUUCCAUCCCGCACAAGCUGGUCUAUACUGUGCGAAAUUGGUGCCUUGGUGCUGCUGACCGCGCGUCCAGGAGGCCAGGUAAUUUGGGACCCUCGGAGUAUGACUUGCUCGCGUCGCUGGCUUUCGUCUCGUUCAGGAUGGGUGCUUUGACUCUCCCACAGGAUGUCAUGAAGAAGACUGAUAUCUACCAGCGUGCUGUGAAGCUCAUGUUGCAUCAAUCUGAUGCUGCAAAGUUCGCGAUGCGGGAUGGAGCCAAUGACCAAGCGAUGGUUCGCAGGCUAGAGAUGUUGAAGAGCGUACGGGCACGACAGCUCUUCCAGUCAGUGUCGUUUCAUUUGCACCAAUUGAGGCUGCGCUCGACUUCCUGGACAGGCAUAGAGCAUGCCUCAGACGACAAUGGUAUGAUCGUGGUGCUGAAGGAUGCGUUUCAGCAGGGGCGCAUGCCCAUCUUAGAGAAAGUUGAAGUGUUCGAUGCGGAGCCUGAGGUGCAGCUUACGCACCUGUCAUUCCAGGAGCUGAUGGGCGGUGAGUAUUGCGCGGCGAUCGUUUGCCAUGCUCAUUCUCAGAAGAAAAUGCGAGCAUACGUAAACUCCAUCCUAUCUAGCAGUUCGCAGUGUUUGGACCGCGAGCGGCUGUCCGAGAGCUGGUGGCUCCAAGUGUGGUUCCACGUCUUUGAGAUGCUGGACUCAGAUGUUCUCGAGCAGUACUGCGCGAUCUUGGCCGAGGACGAGCGUGCACUCUUGAAGGUAGGGAGCAUGGCUCUUUCAUUCAGCUGCAGCCACCCUCUGGGCUAUCUUAUCCUUGACAAGGGCCAUUCUCUCUUCGCGCUUGCCAGCAUGGGCAAGAAGUGGCAGGCAGUUCGCAUCCUACGCGAGCAUAGGAAUGAUUACGAUUUCAUGAACUGGAUCACUCACAAUACGUGGUGGCACUGGGCUUGCGGGCGUGAAGACCCUGGCUUUGUGAAGGCAUGGGACAUGAACAGCACCUUGGACCAGCUGGCCGGUUUCAAGCCGUAUGGCACUUUGCAAAAAGCCUGGGAUGGGACUUUGAGUAUUGUUGAUGAUGUGGACGUGAAUUUCGCGGAUCCUACAACAGGCCUAACUCCUUUAAUGCUUGCUGCGUCAUGCGGCAGGGUGGAGGUUGUGCACGCCCUCAUAAUGCACAGGGCUUCUGUGAACGCCGAGAGUACAGAGAAGUGCACCGCGCUUUCAAUGGCUGCAGACAUGGACAAUGGCGAUGAAGGCUUGGAGUGCAUGAAGCUGCUCAUCAAUGCCCGUGCCGACGUCCACGCCAAAGUCGGGAUGACCAUGAAGCGUCCUUUUUGGAAUCUCACGGGCCAGGAGAACAGCAUUCUGGCCGGACCAGCGCAGGCUGGAUAUUUUGACAAGCUGAAGCUUCUUCUCGAGAGUCGUGCUGAUCCCAAUUCGCCAAACAAUUUGGAUUUCGCUCCGCUGAUCCAGUGUGUUCGGUCGAACAAUGCGGAUUGCGCCAAGCUUCUCGUUGAGCAUGGAGGUGAUUUUUUCAGAUGGUCCAGUAAGCUCAUUUCGCUGCAGCACAAACCAGGCCUUCUCAUGAACUACAACACACGCUGUAAUUAUAUGAGCUGGAGCCCAGGUGCUGACGCUGUCCAUGCUUGGUAUAUGUAUGCAGCGGAGAACAAGGACAUCCUCCGCCUCGCGUUCGGGCUGGGCAUGGACGGGAAUGCCUGCUUUUACUCUGGACUUGCAGGCAACACGUGGCUUCCGAAAGCAGGUUACAAUCUCACGAAUGAUUACUGGUUCUUCGUAGAGGGCACCUCUGCUACAUUUGAGCUCUAUGUAAAGCAUGGUCUGGACAUCAACAGGCCUUCGGGCCCCAUGCGGCUGAACCUCCUGAUGAUAACAGGCUGGUCUUCCAACAAUGCGGCGAUCCUUACGCAUAUGCUGGAGAACUGCCCAGAUCCCGACGAGGCCCUGGCGUACAAGUCCAAAUUCCUGGGGAGCUUGGAGGACGGCGCAAGGAUUAUCGGGCUUGCAGCUAUCGUGGAAGCCAUCGAGGACUUCAAGCGCAAGCGGGCGGAUCAGGAAGGCCAGAACUGCCAUGCGUUCGGCCUCGCCGAGAAGCUGCCUCGACGCUUCGCCGCCGCUGCGCCGCUGCCCUUCUCCGCGAGGGCAGCGCGUGUUGCAGCUCACCAGAAAGCGUACAAGGGCCCGGUACUUAUACGUGAAGUUGCGGACAAGGGGCCUGGGGGCAUUGCGCUCCACGCGAAUAAGCACGUGCAUUGUUGCCAGACUUUCUGGAAAGCAGAUUUUGGGAGCGAGUCCGUGGAGCAAAAGGCUGCAGGUGAAGCGGCGCUGGUGGGUUACAACGUUCCUGACGAAGAUGGGAAUGAGGCGCAGACUGAGCAGGCGUCAGACGAGGAGGCUGUGCUUCAGGGGGACGUGCACAAGUUGAGCGCAAAUCAGAGGCGCGCCUUAUUAUGCCUCGGGGAGGCUCGUCAGCAUUCACGGUUCAAGCUGAAGCAAAUCUCCUUGAGUUUCAGUGGCGCGUCCGUCUUCUUCUUCUCGCCCAGCCGCAAGGACGGAACACCCAUGCCGUCAUCAGUGCUGAAAUUCGACGUUGCUGCCAACGUGAAGGAGGAGAUUGAGUUGACCGAGCGGUACGGGAAGUUGUUUGGCUUGACAACUCCGAAAGUUAAGGAUUCUCAAUUUCUUGAAGACGUCUCCGAAGACGAACCAUGUGCUGUCAUGCAGAUUGACCUAUGCGGUGGCAUAUUUGGUCUUCCCGAGUUUGCUUCUGCCCCACCUGUGCUCACCUUUGCGUCAGUAAUCCAGGGUGAGUUUACUUCUGGGAAGCGCCAGACUGAUGUGGUGCCCAUCGUCAACGAGGCCCUGACCCGACGCAUGCUUGCCUUCACGAUGUCUACGCGUUCCGUCAGGAAGGAGAAUCUAGCCAAGAUGUACAAGAUUGUCCGCUUUGUCGGCCACGGCAUCCUCAAUCGAGCUGUGGAGGGUGCGAAACGUAGCAAACACAAUGCUGCAUUGGGCAUCGGAUUUCUGACGCCACCCGACAUCGAUGACCUAGAUCCCGAAGGCAAGUUCGUCAGUGAGUUGUGCGGCAAACGUUCUACCAUCAAGCGCUUCUUCCAAGAGUUCAUUGAGCAGGAGCAGCGAUUCAAUAAAAAGUUUGACCGGCAAAUAGUUUGUGGCUUGGCGCACAACGAUUUGCACGGCGGGAAUCUACUGCUCGACUCACAAGGGCUAGUCUGGCUGAUAGAUUUCGCGACCGUGAAGGACAACGUCCACGUGCUCAUGGACCUCUCAAAAUUCCUUGCGUCUUGUCUCUUCUUGUAUCUGGAGGAUAAUGUGAACGAGUCGCACAUCCAAACGUUUGCGAAGCUGCUGUUCGCUACACCCGAUGCCACAACAGCGCUGCCUUUAAUCGGAGGGGAGCAGCUCAAGAGCGAUCCGACGGCCACGUUUGUGCUUGAGCUGCUGACACGCAUCAGGCACUGUCUCUGCAUCUACGAGAUUGGUGACGACGUCCCAGACAACGACGGCGUUCCAUUCGCUUUAGCUUUCUUCUCGUGGUCGGCGCGAAUGCUAUCAUACAGUGAGCCGAGCAUGCACCAGAAGACCCGUGCUUCUUUCUUUGCCCUUGCAGGCGCUCAGCGAGUGAUGUGGGAAGCUGGCGUUGACGUCGGACCCACAGCGCUGGAAUGGAUUGAACAGUACCGCACAGUCUGGGAGGGCCAGAAAGGCCGCCGACUGAGUACCAGUGCGACACACGUGCAGGUUGCUUCUUUCGAGUUUGAAUCUGACUUUCCUAGGUAUUUGGCGCAGAUUGGGACAGCGGAGGCGUGGUCCACUGACUUCCUCACCCGCGAGAAAGUACACGUGACUGACCAUUGUAUCAAAGUGGACGUGAAGUUCAGUGGGCGCAUUUUCCCGCGUAGCCUACAGCUGCCGAAGAGCGUGAAGAUUGUCUGCGAGAAGUUGCGCAUGGUCCACCAGCAGUAUCUACCAGAAGUGCUGAGUCAAGAAAGAUAUCAGGGUCGGGUAUUCGUGAUUGGCGAUUCCGGGAGCGGGAAGACUCUCAUGACGAAGCAGCUUUUCUCGGAAGUGGCACAGCAACAGCUGCUCGGCAUCCGCGAUGAGCCAGGAGACAUGGCGGGUACCACGAGAAUCAGCGGCAUGAACCUCAUCCCCGUCCGGACUCCACUUAUCGACUUGGCUAGGCAGCUUGAGGCUAACCCGGACCUGCCUCUAGGGGCCGACCCGAUCUGCGACUUGCUAUCCGAGUGGAUGCAAAGAAAGCAUGGCCACGAUUCCAUCCCGCACAAGCUGGUCUAUACUGUGCGAAAUUGGUGCCUUGGUGCUGCUGACCGCGCGUCCAGGAGGACAUCUGUUCUUUCGGCAUCGGAAGGAGAAGAUGCAACACGCGAGAAAGCUAUCGGAGACCCCCAGCAUUCAGAAGACAUCAAGGCGUUGUUUCUGUUGUUCGAUGGUCUGGACGAGGCAGCUUCCUCUCGGUUACAGGUGCUGGAAUUCAUCCGGUCGAUACUGCAAAGCGAGCCGUCACACCUCUGUGUUCUCACAUCGAGGCCAGGUAAUUUGGGACCCUCGGAGUAUGACUUGCUCGCGUCGCUGGCUUUCGUCUCGUUCAGGAUGGGUGCUUUGACUCUCCCACAGGCUGAAGACGUUGUGCAGCGUACACUUACACGCGCUCAAGAAGCGCAUGAGACGAUCAGCGCCAUCCGAAGCAGUGUGUCUGACCCGGGCUAUUCCUCCCUCAGGGAGAAUCCCCUCAUUUUGACAUUGCUCAUCCAUGUGCUUCGGAAGUUCCACUCUCAGAGUACAGAAGGCAAGAGUCUUCCACUGACAGAUGACCGUGCACGAAAGGAUGUCAUGAAGAAGACUGAUAUCUACCAGCGUGCUGUGAAGCUCAUGUUGCAUCAAUCUGAUGCUGCAAAGUUCGCGAUGCGGGAUGGAGCCAAUGACCAAGCGAUGGUUCGCAGGCUAGAGAUGUUGAAGAGCGUACGGGCACGACAGCUCUUCCAGUCAGUGUCGUUUCAUUUGCACCAAUUGAGGCUGCGCUCGACUUCCUGGACAGGCAUAGAGCAUGCCUCAGACGACAAUGGUAUGAUCGUGGUGCUGAAGGAUGCGUUUCAGCAGGGGCGCAUGCCCAUCUUAGAGAAAGUUGAAGUGUUCGAUGCGGAGCCUGAGGUGCAGCUUACGCACCUGUCAUUCCAGGAGCUGAUGGGCGGUGAGUAUUGCGCGGCGAUCGUUUGCCAUGCUCAUUCUCAGAAGAAAAUGCGAGCAUACGUAAACUCCAUCCUAUCUAGCAGUUCGCAGUGUUUGGACCGCGAGCGGCUGUCCGAGAGCUGGUGGCUCCAAGUGUGGUUCCACGUCUUUGAGAUGCUGGACUCAGAUGUUCUCGAGCAGUACUGCGCGAUCUUGGCCGAGGACGAGCGUGCACUCUUGAAGGUAGGGAGCAUGGCUCUUUCAUUCAGCUGCAGCCACCCUCUGGGCUAUCUUAUCCUUGACAAGGCGAUUCAUGGUACACCAAUGGACCACCGGCCCUGGGUGGGAGACGGUUCCGGGUAUAUGAUUGCUGCAAUCCAUUGGGACGAAUACGAAACGGAUGUAGUCUGGGAUGACAGGGAUUGCAACAAGAGGUGGUUUCAUGGUCAUUUUUUUCUUGCCCGGGUCAUGGUCCCAACUCUGGUUGACAGCAAUUGUUGGCGCCUAGAUGGCGUCGGCACAUUGUUGAGGCAUGCGGCCAGUCUGCCCGACUUAGAGGUCUUAGACACAUUGCUUUCUAAGGGCGUCCACCCAUGCCUACUCUCUGAUGAGGGCCAUUCUCUCUUCGCGCUUGCCAGCAUGGGCAAGAAGUGGCAGGCAGUUCGCAUCCUACGCGAGCAUAGGAAUGAUUACGAUUUCAUGAACUGGAUCACUCACAAUACGUGGUGGCAUUGGGCUUGCGGGCGUGAAGACCCUGGCUUUGUGAAGGCAUGGGAUAUGAACAGCACCUUGGACCAGCUGGCCGGUUUCAAGCCGUAUGGCACUUUGCAAAAAGCUUGGGAUGGGACUUUGAGUAUUGUUGAUGAUGUGGACGUGAAUUUCGCGGAUCCUAGAACAGGCCUAACUCCUUUAAUGCUUGCUGCGUCAUGCGGCAGGGUGGAGGUUGUGCACGCCCUCAUAAUGCACAGGGCUUCUGUGAACGCCGAGAGUGCAGAGAAGUGCACCGCGCUCUCAAUGGCUGCAGACAUGGACAAUGGCGAUGAAGGCUUGGAGUGCAUGAAGCUGCUCAUCAAUGCCCGUGCCGACGUCCACGCCAAAGUCGGGAUGACCAUGAAGCGUCCUUUUUGGAAUCUCACGGGCCAGGAGAACAGCAUUCUGGCCGGACCAGCGCAGGCUGGAUAUUUUGACAAGCUGAAGCUUCUUCUCGAGAGUGCUGACGCUGUCCAUGCUUGGUAUAUGUAUGCAGCGGAGAACAAGGACAUCCUCCGCCUCGCGUUCGGGCUGGGCAUGGACGGGAAUGCCUGCUUUUACUCUGGACUUGCAGGCAACACGUGGCUUCCGAAAGCAGGUUACAAUGUCACGAAUGAUUACUUGUUCUUCGUAGAGGGCACCUCUGCUACAUUUGAGCUCUAUGUAAAGCAUGGUCUGGACAUCAACAGGCCUUCGGGCCCCAUGCGGCUGAACCUCCUGAUGAUAACAGGCUGGUCUUCCAACAAUGCGGCGAUCCUUACGCAUAUGCUGGAGAACUGCCCAGAUCCCGACGAGGCCCUGGCGUACAGGUCCAAAUUCCUGGGGAGCUUGGAGGACGGCGCAAGGAUUAUCGGGCUUGCAGCUAUCGUGGAAGCCAUCGAGGACUUCAAGCGCAAGCGGGCGGAUCAGGAAGGACCCUCACCCCAGCCUGCUUGACAGCAGAAGCGGAGGGCAGAGAGUAUCAGCCGCUGCUGCUUCUUCGACGCUUGAGAUCGACUGCCUCUCACCAAGCGGAAGAUUGCCGGCAAACCUUGAUUCCCGCUGGUGGGCCGUAAGGACCAGGGCUAUGUGGAAGGUUCUCACAGCAUUUUUGGGGAAGAGGGUCGUUUUGAAUUCGUUUUUUGGUGUUCUUCCGUCGCAGCGGUACACGCUCUCCACGCCGCUGGUUGCUGCCAUUCAGACGUAAUCUUCAAUCGCCACAUUUCAGGUCAUAACACCACGUCUGAUGUGUCAGGGCGAGCGCCGAACUUUUGAUGGCAGUAUUCGCAUUGCACGUGUUUGCUUUCCUCUAGUUGGAGGUUUGUUUAGCGAGGCCAGAACUGCCAU